AUGCGCCGAGCCGGUGUAACUUCUGAUGAUUUGGAAGGUGAGAACUUUGAAGCUGACAUUGACACUGUUGACGACACUGAAUUGUCCGACAAUGAAGACUUGAGCAGCAAUGAGCUUUCAACACUGAGGACAAUCCUGUCUGUCCCUGGACUGGACACACCCAUGCACAGGGCUCUCAAGACUGCACAGGAAGCAUACAACUCCCUGUGGGUUGAGUUCAAAGGUCUUAGGAAGGACUAUUUUACACUCUUGGCUACUGUCCCUGCCUGCAACCGAAACCGCACACUCAAGAAGACAUCCAUACUCGACAUGAAAAUCACUGCCAAAGGGAAAAAGUAUACAUUGUUCUACCAUUUCUGGGUCAUCCCCAGUGUCUUACUGACAAUGCCUCAGCCUGAAAUCAACCCAUGUAGUCCUACACAUUGGGCAUCUCCCGAGGCUAAGGUCAAUGGUGCCAUGGCAGAAUUGUACAAGUGCGUGUCCAAGGACUUACAUGGCUCCAUGGAGAAAUACACGGCAUUUGAUUCUCUGUUUUGCACUGCAGUUAGCACUGAACGGUCAAAAAUUGUGCAUGCUAUCAAAAGCUGUGCAGGUAUCAUCUUCUCAUCACUCAACCUCAACCCUACCCUCUUUUUAUCUCAAACAGAUGCCAGAAAGCAAGACAACCAUGACCUCCUUUCACCCAUUCUGUUUGCAAGACCAGAUGCCAUGGUGGCUGAUGAGUUCCUCAAGAAUCCUGUGCUAGUCCAAAUGUAUGGGAAAAAGAUACUUUCUGGAAAGACUAAGGGUCAGAAGGCUAGGGGACAGCAUUGCAAUGCACAAUGUGUCACUGAAGGUUUGAUUGCAGGCACUGCUAUUAUGGCACAUUUUUUGUUGACACACAAUCCUGAGUUCAUGGCAACUGGUGCAGAAACAAAGAUAAACUAUCAAGCGGACUACAAUUUCUACUUGGAGCGCUUGUUCAAGCGCACUCCAUGGGCCUGCGGCAUCAUAGACUACUUCAACAAGGAGGUUUUUGAUGUCACCAGCUCAAAUCUAGUACCAGCUCCUGACAAUUCUUCUUCCACCGCCCCCCAGACUCAAAUUUGGGAAGACAAUCUCCUGAACGAACUUGAUGAUCCUGCUCGAGUUACUUCUGCUCUCACAUCCCUCCCUGGUACCUCAGCAGUGGUCAAUGUCGUCUCCAACUACCGUGCUUCCAUAUCUGUCAACCAAGGUCAAUCUGCAUCUGCAACUGCACAGCUGCAGCUGGGUGUCAAUCAAUUGACCCUGGACAACACCAUUGAGCCAACUGCAUUGACAACUUGCAGCGCACCUUCUCACAAACCUUAA